AUGUACCAGUCGUUUUUGCAGGAUACACCCACAGUUGAUAUAACGAUGCAACUUCCAGUUCACGACCACAAUAGAUAUCCUUCUGUUGAAGGUUCGUCUUUAACGUCUAAUUUCACAGCUGCGGUAGCAGCAGCGGCGCAGCCACGGCAUGAACGUUAUGCGGCACACAUACCGGUUACUCGCAUCGACGGAAGUGGACGUCAAUCAGCAACUAGCAUCGGUUCUUGCAGUAGUGGUACACUGGAUGAUCGAUCUACUCUGCAGUUGGAUCAGAUGAUCGAUCAGGCUCGAUACAGGCAUCACCAUCAUAGGAAUAAAUUUAAAGAAGCCAUUGACUAUUUGGACCAGAUAUUCGAAGACCUCAAGAAAGAGGGCGAUCAGGUAAAUAACACGCAGCAAUCACGUGGAAUUCCUGUGGCACUGACACAUGAAGGAGCUUCAAACAGUGGCACAGACUCGAUGAAGGCUGCUGUAUCACCAGUGAGGUUACAAGAGCAUAAUGGUAAUACUAAGCGAGCAGUAGUCAACGUUGUUGGCCUGGGAGAGAUGGAUUCGCGACAGGUAUCCCUUGCAACUACCAAUAGGCAUUCGCUGUACGCCUCGAAGCCAAGGGCUGCUGAGAAGCACUGCCUGGAAGAAGAAGCUGCUUCGUUCGAGCAAACAUCAGAAGAUAUUGAAAUUUCGGAGACGAUUUUGCUAGCACGACAAGAUCGUAAACUUAGAGGUGAAAGGAUGGAUUUCACCAGGAGAUGGCUCACUGGAGAUAUCAAAUCAUGGGUCGCUGUUCAACCAAAACCAGAUUUGAUUCUUGGUGGGGUAGAAGAGGAACAUGAUAUUGACGAACGUUCGUUAGGAAGUUGUUCAGCGGAAGUAGCAGCAAUCAAUUCAGUGGUUCGUAAAAAGAAAAAAGCGCGAGAUGUGCCGGAUCUUAUUCAGAAUGUUGCUUCCAAAGGCAGUUAUGUAAGACAUUCAAACGCUCGUCAGAUGGAUCAAGGUUCAACGCGCCAGUACCUCCAACAGACAGAUCCAAUUAAACCGUUACCAAUAAAGGUGCAAGCCACGUUCAACUUUCCAACUGGGAGCAUUAGCAACUUGAAUAAUUCUGGCAGUUUUUCUCAAUCAUUUCAUGACAGUAAAGUUUGGGCAAGUAAUUACGAUAUAAAUAGUAAUCAAAUCCCACUACAAAGGGUUCCAUCACACAAUCGGAUAGUAGAGCAGAGACAUCAUGAUUUCGGUGCAAUAUUAUGGAGACCUGGAUCUCAGGACCAGCGACACAACACACUUCGUAGUGCGAGAUCGGAAGAAGUCCAAAUUUCUACACGGAAAAUGGGUGCAUUUACGCCAUUACAACCACCCAGCAUUGUGACGAUGCGUGGUUCAGUGGCUAGUUUACCAAAUUCAUCUAACAUUCGAUCUCGACUUCUUCACAAUGCAGAUCCUAUUGCAACAAUUGAUGCAUUAGUUGCGGAGUUGGAACUCAACACUGACCAGACGCCAGUGGCUUGCAAGCGACGUUCGUUUCCUAUUGGGAAUGAUUUUUUUGUGCGCAACUCUGGUAACUACGAGAAACCGGUCAGUAGCCAACAGGUGGAACAUAACAAUAUCUGUUCAUCUGUUAAGACGAAAUCGGAAUACAAUACUGGUCGCAAGCAGCAACCUCAGAAAUUGAAAGAUUCAUUUAACGAGAUGGCAAACAUGCUGCAAAAUGUCAUCAGUGAUGUCACGGCAACAAGCGAACUGUCCAAGGGUCGUAAGUAUGUGCAGAUGGGAGUGAAAAGCAGUUCAGUGUUGUCUCCAUUUGAAACAAUCAAUCAGGAAAAGCUGAAUCCAAGCAAAGUGGAAGCCAUGCAAUCUAUAUUCGAGAACAAACAACAUGCAGCAGUGUCGCGCCGUAGCAUUCCUAGCGGCAACAACAACAGUGUUAUGUCAGCUUCAAAUGCUAAAGAUGACGAUAAUUAUUACGAAAUCAAUGAUUUUAUUGUUCCUCGAAAAGAGUUUUUUCCUUCUUACGCCAAACCAUUUGGGAAGCAGUCCUCUUCAACGGUUCGUCCGGCUUUUCAGUCAAAGCGACGUCUUCCUUCAGCAACUGCAUCACGAUCUGAGUUUAUUCCGGCAUUUCCAGUGACUCAUCCACCUCCUCGUCCACCAGGUUCCACAAAUUCAUCCCAAACAGGUGGCUACUAUUCUGGUUCAUCAUUGGGUGCUCAGUCAUCGUACGCAUCACCAAAUAACCAUUUAUCGACACCGCAUCCGUCUGGUAAUCGAGGACCGCUUCUUGGGAAGCAGUCGGUUUCCUCUUGGACAGCUAGUUUGGAUGAGGAAGAUGAUGGUUUCUACGAUAAUAUCCAGACCGAUGAGAAACGCUUUUCACAUGGCAGUGAGCUUGGCAGUGUGUCAACGGCCGGUCACAGUAUACUGUCAACUACUCCCAAACUACCUGGUCCGGUCAAGGCGAGUAGUCGAAUUGGUCAAUUUUUGCGGAAAAUCGGUUCGUCAAAGCCACCAGUCACUGCCGCCUCACUGAUAUCACUCAAUAAGAUCGCUAAUGAAAUAAUGCCAAUUAAACCAAUUCCAUUGAUGAAAAGUAAUAGUUUGAGUCACUGUCAAGAAAAAAAGGAUGUUGUGCAAAACACAGACACCACAGCUUCCUCCGCGCUGGUGGACAAACGUGGUGGAUUGGGUCAACGUUUGAAGAACUCCAUAUUUGGAAGUAAAAAACGCCUGAACUGAAACCAUUGUGUUGGAUGAAUCAAAUAGCCCAUUCUCACUUAAUUUCCAUGAAAUUGUUCAUCAUGAUCAUGUCUACGUGCUGCUCAGCUCUAUUCCCCAAUUUAAUGAGUAAAUUAAUUGUCUUGUUCUUUUUGUGGACUGCUACUAUUGGUCUUUCGGGAUUGAACUAUUUCUACUUAUUGUUUAUAAAGGAAUAACUAACUGUUUGUUACUGUUACUGAUUGUGUUCUAUUUCGUGUCUUUAUCCAUAACAUGAAGAUGCUAUACAGACGAUCAUCAUGUCUAGUUGCGAUGAUUCUUUGGUUGUGUCAUGUUUCCGACUAUUUCAAAUCCCAGUUUUUAAUCCCCGGUUUGAAGCAAAGAUUAUUAAUUACAGUGAUAACCAGCUCAUGCAUAUAUCCGUCUCUGCCCUACUGGCAUUUCUGUUGUUUCUUAAGUUCAUUAGUGUUUUGACUUUAAGCUGUUUUGUGC